UGGCCGUACAAUAAAAAUGACCCUAAAAACCUCAGAGUACUGAAAGAGAGCAAAGCAAAGCACAGCACAGGAGGGGGAGCUCUCACACUGUUUUCGUUCACAUACAGCAAUGGAGGCCUGACCUUCGGAAUUCUUCGCCUUCACAACCCUACAAUACUGCAUAUUGGGCUCUUUUGGACUCAUAAAGAAAUCAAAGAAAUGGCAGAUGGUGGUAAUGCUAGUAACCUAGGUUCCUCAACAGUAUUGUGUCAAGAAAAGGUGCUUAGGAAUAAAAGAAAAUAUUUAGCUGAAAUUCCCAUUGAUGGUGGAAGUGAUGUCUCCUCACACCUCACAGAAUUUCCUAGAUAUGAAUUAUUAGCAGAUCAGAACACAGUGAGUGAUUCUGACUCAUUGGAGGCUCAGUCCAAUUGGCCUAAAGAAGAACAAGAAGUAGAGGGGUUGCAUCUUGCUGAUUGGGAUGAACCCAUAUCCUACCAACUUGAGGAACUUUUGUCACACAAUUUGUCUGCGACUUUCCGGAGUGCAAUUAAGAAGAUUGCUGAACAGGGGUACACUGAAGAUGUUGCCAAGUCAGCCAUUUUGAGGAGUGGCCUCUACUAUGGUAGUAAAGAUCCGGUGUCAAAUAUCGUUGAUGGUGCUUUGGUUUUCCUGAAGAGAGAGAAGAAUUAUGACGCUUCAACAUAUCAUAUAUUUCAGGAUUUAGAUAAUCUAGUGGAGUACACAAUUCUUGAGAUGCUAUAUGUGCUUAGGGAGGUUAAGCCUUCAUUAACUAUUUUAGAAGCAAUGUGGUUCUUGUUGAUUUGUGACUUAAACCUUUCACUAGCAUGUGCGGUGGAAGGAGAUCCCUUAAGUGGCAUUUUUGGUAAAGAAGUUUCCGGAGAAAGCUCCUCUGAUCCCACACUUGCCCACCCAAAAUCAGAGGCUAAAACUUCUGAAACCGUUCUUCCAAUCCCCAACACCCACAGUUCUACUUAUGUCUCAACACAUUCAAUCUCCAAUACCCAGUAUUCACGGUCUGAAAUACUUACGUAUGGAGGGUAUGGAGGGUUUCCCAAUUUACCUCAUCCCAUGUGUCCCUUUCACGAUGGGAAGACAAUUCCAACUCCCGAAGCUAUUGUUUCUGUCAUAGAAGCUAGAGGAAAAUCCUUGGGCCUUCCCGCUGAAUGUGUGCAGAGUAUAUGUCAGUUGGCGACCAUGGAUGAAAAUUCAGGGAGUUGUAGAAAGGGUUGUAUGCCUAAUUAUCCGAAAAGGCACAUGCUUCACCAUAAGUCAUUUCAUUUGGAAAAGCAUUACAAGGGUUCUGCAUCUAAGGGGACCAUAAAAGCGAAAUUCAGCACCUGGAGUGGUCCGGUCUUGGACGAGAAAUUAAAGCCUCCACCUGAUUCUUUGGGAGUAAAUACAAAAAAUGCUUCCUCAAAGAUGAGUAAAGCAAUUGGAAAGAAAGUCUCUGUUUCCGAAAAAAGCCAUCAUCAUUCAACCAACACCUCAUCUUCUUUAGCUGCGACUAAUAAACCUAAACAUAAACCUAAACCUAAACCUUCACCAUCGGCUUCAAAAGAUAUUGUUUGUGCAUUACCUUCUGCAAAUGGCAAAGUUGAUGAUUCAUUGCCUCAUGAAACAAAGCCUAUUCUGAAACCAGAUUCUUCUCACAGGACUUUCGACGAUUAUUGUGCUGGAAUUCCUUACGAUCAGUCUCUGGGAAAGUAUGUUGCACAGGAUGAGAAGGAUAAGCUGAUUUUGAUUCUAGCUCCUCAAUUGCAAAUUCUGGAGAAAGAGGUCCAAGGUUGGACAGAUUGGGCCAAUAAGAAGAUCAUGCAGGCCGCUGGGAGGCUAAGUAAGGACCGUGUAGAGCUCAAGACACUCAGGCAAGAAAAAGAAGAAACUGAAAAAUUCACAAAAGACAAGCAAAUCUUCGAAGAGAACACAGCGAAGAGGUUGUCUGAGAUGGAUUCUGCACUGGCCAAUGCUACUAGCCAAGUGGAGGUGUUUAACUCAACCGCCAAUAGGCUUGAGGAGGAAAAUACUGCACUGAAGAAGGAAUUGGAAGCCGCUAGAUUGCAAGCUCUUGGAUCAUCAGCAAAUUUACAGGAAGCUUUUUUGAGGGAGAAGGAAGCUUUGAAGAGAGCUCAAUCUUGGGAUACAGAGAAAGUUUUGUUGCAGGAGGAGGUUUCAGUUGACAAGCGCAAGGUGGCUGAGCUGCAGCAUGAGUUGGAAAAGGCUAAAGGUUUCUACCACAAGAUUGAGGCUGGACGCAAUCAUGAAGAAAAGGCGAAGGAAAAGCUUCUAAUUGAGGCCAGCUCUAUAAGAAAGGAAAGAAAGCAACUGGCAUAUGCAUCAAAAGUGGGGGCUGACAUGAAAAGCCAAAAGGCUGAAAAUGAGAUGCAGAAAUACAAGGAACGCAUUGAAGAGCUUGAAAUCAAGAUAUCAGAACUGAGAUUAGAAUCCGAAUCCUCAAAAAUAGCUGCACUUAGAAGAAGCAGCAUAAAUGGAAAUUAUGGAUACCAAGCUGCUAAAGUAUCCAAGAGGUUGGCUGUUUUCCGGGACAACUUUAGUGAAACAAUUGUGAGAUCAGAGAGAGAAUGUGUUAUGUGCUUGGCGGAGGAGAUGUCAGUGGUUUUCCUACCCUGUGCACACCAGGCUCUUUGUGGAAAUUGCAAUGAGAUCCAUGAGAAGCAAGGGAUGAAUGACUGUCCUUCGUGCAGGACCCCUAUCAAGAAACGAAUCAAGGUUCGUUUUUGCUAAACUGGAAAAAACGAAAAAAAGGGUGUUUGCACCAAGUAACAGGAAAGCUAACAUGCAUGUAAGUAUGACUAAUGGGUGGAGUUGUUCAUUUUGGAAAGGGGUUAUCUUGAUUUCAGAUGAUAUAUGUUUUUGGCCUAAAAGUCAUGACUCAUGCCCCCACCCCCUGGAAAAAGAACAGAUAACUUGGGCUUUACUUAGUGGUACUCAAGGGCAUUUGGUUUGACAUAUUUUGUUUACUUCCAGUCAUCUAGUUGUGAUUAUCUCGGGAAAUGUUUUGGUUU